AUGUCCUCUCCAACCGGUUCGUUAGGUCCUUCAUCCGCUCAACCCAUAACACCUCUCAAACUCACUCCCUUUCUCAAAACCUUUCUUACACUCAUGUAUUGGGAACCUUUUAUUUAUGAAAUGUUCUUUGGUAUGAUCCUCAUGCUAUUUCCCAACGUUCGUUUUGUAUUGGGAAGUUUCAUGCCUCAACAUUUAGUAGAAGUAUUAAUGAGCGGAGGAGGAAUAACCACACCAUCGACGACAAGUACUCUAUAUACAAACAACGAGUUACGACAAUGGAUCUUUUUCUUUAUUCGCUCAUUGGGAAUGUCAUUAUUUGCCUUUGGUUGCAUUCAUCAUUUACUCCUUCGACAUUGCUAUAAGGAAAUGGCUCACUCCAACAGUUCCUAUUUGAUUGAGAAAGUUCCCCUUUUUCACAAGACCAUAUUCGCUCUCUGUGUUGGAGAUUUACUUUAUAUUGGAUUGGUUUGGAAAUAUAUUUUCAGUGAUACUUUGCCUAAUAAUUUAUUACUUGUUGGAGCAGAUGUGUUGGGUAUUCGGGAUUUCUUGUUUCCCAUUCUUCCAGUGUUAUUCCCAACUGCUCUUACCUUAAUCGUCAUGUUAUUGAGAGUGGUCUUCUUACUCAACUAUUCGAGUGGGAAAGUUCUGGGAAUGGGUUGGGAUCAAUUUCAACAGGAUACAACAGAACAUACUCCUUCAAUUCAACAGCAGCAACACAUUCGAAGAAUUCAUGUGGAAUAA